CCGCUACUCCGGGCCGCGUUUUCCGGCGCGCCGCUGCAGUCAGACACGCAGCCGGCUCGACGCUCCUGUCUUUCUGCUCCCGGAUCGACCUGCACUUUCCGCAGUACCAAACCAGCGGAAUUUCCUCAAGUUUACCUCAAAACACUCUGCUUUUAACGGGGAGUGCGGUUAAGCGGUGUUUUCUGCGCUGCGAACGAACGCGCGUGAACCGGACGGGCCAGCGCGGCGACGGGAACGCGCGUGGCUCUGAUUUAAACGGGGAUUUGAUCCGAGUGUUGCACGGACAACUGCUGAAGGGAGAGCAAAAAAGCAUGAAAUGCUGCUUUUAAAUGUGAAGUCUACACUGUUUCCUCUUAUUAUUCCCUACUCGAGGGCCUAAUGGGUUUAUCUGGAGCGCGCGGAGCUGAAAUCUACCUGGACGCGAUGAUCCAAGUCUUUGUGCGCUGAUUUUUUUUAGAGGUGACUUUAUAAACAUUGGGUUUACAUCGCGUCAGAAACAUCUACUAGGACUGUUCUUCUUUAAUCUAUGGAGUAUGAGUGCUGAGCGGUGGAGAACGACCGAUCGCUGACAUUUACUUCUUCACAAUCUUCACUCUUCCACUGCGUCUUCAGGAGCCAAAAUGGCUUCUUCACUGUGGAAACGUUCGCUAGUGCUCGCACUGUUGCUAACUGUGAUAUUUCUACAACCUUCAGAAGGGUUCAGUCGUGCAGCGCUGCCGUUUGGUCUGGUGCGCAGAGAGUUAUCAUGUGAGGGCUAUCCAAUCGACCUGCGCUGCCCGGGAAGUGAUGUCAUCAUGAUCGAAACCGCAAACUACGGACGCACUGACAACAAGAUAUGCGAUGCUGACCCCUUCCAGAUGGACAACAUCAACUGCUACCUCCCGGAUGCCUAUAAAAUCGUGUCUCAAAGGUGUAACAAUCGCACACAGUGUGUGGUCAACACAGGCUCAGACGUCUUUCCAGAUCCGUGUCCUGGGACCUACAAGUAUCUGGAGGUCCAGUAUGAGUGUGUGCCAUACAAAGUGGAGCAAAAAGUUUUUAUUUGCCCCGGGACUCUGAAAGCAGUAGGAGAUCCGACCCUCGAGUUUGAAGCUGAACAGCAGAGUGGAGCUUGGUGCAAAGACCCCCUGCAGGCCGGGGAUAAGAUCUACUUCAUGCCUUGGACUCCAUAUCGUACUGACACUCUCAUUGAGUACGCAUCACUGGACGAUCUACGAAGUGGUCGACAAACGACCACAUACAAGCUUCCACAUCGCGUAGACGGAACUGGGUUUGUAGCCUACGACGGCGCCAUCUUUUUCAACAAGGAACGCACUCGAAAUAUAGUCAAGUUUGACUUGCGGACUCGAAUAAAGAGCGGGGAGGCUAUAGUGGCCAGCGCCAAUUAUCACGACACCUCUCCGUAUCGCUGGGGCGGCAAAACAGACAUCGAUUUAGCAGUCGAUGAACGAGGACUAUGGGUGAUCUACGCUACCGAGCAGAAUAAUGGACGUAUCGUUCUCAGCCAACUCAAUCCAUACACUCUACGCUUUGAAGCCACGUGGGAAACCGUCUAUGAUAAACGCUCCGCCUCCAAUGCCUUCAUGGUGUGUGGCGUACUGCAUGUGGUGCGCUCAACUUACGAGGAGAACGAAAGCGAGGCUAGCAAGAGCCAAAUCGACUACGUGUACAACACCAAACUGGGGCAAGGGGAGUACGUUAACAUCCUCUUCCCGAACAAGUAUCAGUACAUCGCCGCUGUGGAUUACAACCCGAGGGAUAACCAGCUGUAUGUGUGGAAUAACUUUUACAUUCUUCGAUACAAUCUGGAGUUCGGGCCACCGGAUCCUGACGAAGAACCGACGGUGUCUGAUGACGCCACCUCUACUCUUCCUCCCAGAAGAUCCACUCCAGCAGUCUUGAAGACCACCCUCAGCCUCAGCUUCACCCAGAGACCGUCUCUGAACUCCAGCAUCUCCACAGACCCUCUGACAGAGGAGCAUCCGGAGCCUCCAGCCGACCCCACCGCCGCCGCCAGUGUACCGCCCGCCAGCAGACGCUUCUGUGAACCAACCGAAAAAAGAGGAAUCUCCUGGCCAAAAACACACCGCGGGCUGACAGUGGAGCGGCCCUGUCCCAGAGGAACACGAGGAAUCGCUCUGUUCCUCUGCUUGACCGGUGGCGUCUGGAACCCGAAAGGUCCCGAUCUCAGCAACUGUACGUCACACUGGGUGGCUCAGGUGGCGCAGAAGGUCAGAUGAUGCUCGAUGUCAUUU